CGACCGUGCGGAACAGCACGGCGGGACUAGGUAAUGGAGACUCCAACUUCCCCUCCAAAAAGUGGUCGUUAGUCUUGCCUUCUGACCCCUUUCUCCAUUCAUUCUUGAAGAGAUACUCUCUCUAUCUCAGCGUCUCCCAGCAAAUCUCGACCCUCAUUCGUGUUUAUCCAGGGCUGUGCUCGCCCACGAUGGCCAAAUCAGUAACCCUGUUCGAACCCCUGCCGCUGGACCCCUCGAAGGCGCCGAUAGAGAACGUCCUGGAGCUGACCCCUGUGGUUGACGUGGGCAACGAUGUAUUCACAAACACGCGGCCUCUGUGGCAUCCUCCGGGCGCGCGAGGCAUUUACGGCGGUGCCGCCAUCGCCCAAUCUCUUGCCGCCGCAAUGCAAACCGUCCCGGAGGAUUUCGCGGUCCACAGCAUGCAUUGUUAUUUCGUUCUGGCCGGUGACUCCGAACUCCCCAUCCUCUACCACGUCGAGCGAGUCCGUGACGGCCGAAGUUUCAUUACCCGCACCGUGCAAGCGAGGCAGCGCGGCCGACCUAUCUUCACCACAACGUUGAGUUUCAGUAAAGCCAACAGCGGCGGAAAAAAGAAGCUGGAACAUGCCUCAUCUAUGCCGUCUGUUGCACUUCCGGAGGAGUCGGAAGCUGGCGCCAAGCGUGCCCUUCAGCAGUCAGGCGGCGGGCCAUUCGAAUCACACCGAGCGGGAAUCGUAAACCGUCACUUGCCCCCGGAAGACAAGAAGGUCAGACGCUUCUUCCGAUCACGAGGCAGAAUCUCCGAUGCAGGAGGCCACCGUGCCCACUUGUCCGCCCUUGCAUACAUCACCGACAGCUAUUUCAUUGGUACUGUGUCAAGAGUCCACGAUAUCCCGCGCUUCUCCUCGCCGGCCGAGCUUGAGAAGCUUCUCAAGGCCCUUAAGAACCCAUCGGAUUUGGACGAUGAAGACAUCGCGCGUGCGCUCAAAGAGCUGAAGGAGGAGGAACCCGUGGAGCUUCGCCGUCGGUUGGAGGGCGCUUUGAGCAAGGCCACAAAUCAGGACCCUGAGGAACAUAAGGAAGUAGGCAUGAUGGUUAGCCUUGACCACUCGAUCCACUUUCAUAACCCCUGGGCCUUCCGAGCCGACGAAUGGAUGCUCUGUGAGAUGGAAAGUCCGUGGGCUGGCGAGGGAAGAGGCUUGGCUCGCCAGAAGAUCUGGUCCAAGGAUGGUAUUCUAAUCGCCACAUGCACGCAAGAGGGUGUCGUACGGCUCAAGCAGGAUGAACCCCCACGUUCGAAGAUCUGAGGAAUGUGACGUCUACAUAUUUUAUACCCUUCCCGCAUAUUAGAGCUGUCACUUGAGUAUACUAUAUUCUCCUUGUCAUGGAUGCAUACCCAAUCGUUGUUACAAUUCACCGGUUCAUCUGUCCGUUUUCUUUCCCUGUCUUCGUUAUCAUUCUGAUUGAUACUCGCGUUGUCAAUCUAUUGUGCAGCGGUCGCUGCUCAGCUUUAGACAAGUGGAACUGGUUGUUCGGAAUUAUUUUCCAUGUUAAACCUCGUUCACAAAUCCUCCACUCUCAUUACGGUUAGUGAUAUAAUGG